ACCAGUAACCACCAUGGAUCUUCAAAACUGAAGCAGAAGAAACCAGCCGGAGAGAAGCACAAUUACGAAAGUGCCCUUAAACCCCUGAAAACACAAAAUCCUACUUAUAACUGCUUCUCUCUUCAGCGUCACAGAUUCGUCUUCAGCUUCUUCUUCUUCUUCUUCCCUCUCGCUAGGUAAUGGCGUUUUUGCAACGAAUCCGAAACAACAAGCUCAAAACAGCUUUCACCCAAUUAAAGAACCAUAGAUGUUACAUGCGGCUUCCUCAUUCUUCAUCCAUCAAUUCCAUUCCAAAACCAGGCACUCUUCGGAUUCCGCAGCCCUAUUGGGCAUUCCAUGACACACCUCCUCUCGUUUCUAGUAGCGUGAGGUUUUUUGCUGCUCCCAUUCAGUUUCAGAGUAAGUGGAAGAAGGAAGAAGAGGACUCCAUUGAAGGGCGACGAUUGAAUGACCAAAUCAAAGCUCAAUAUGUUAGGCUUGUAUUUGACGAUGGGAAUCAUUCAAUAAUAUCAAGGUUUGAAGCACUUGAUCGUGCCAGGAAGCUCAAACUUGAUUUGGUUGAGGUUCAGAGGAAUGGUAAUCCACCUGUUGUAAAAAUAAUGGACUACCACAAGGAAACAUACAAGAAACAAGAAAAGGAAAAGGAGCGUGCUAAAAGCAAGUCUGAACUGACAUUGCGAAAAGGAGAAUGUAAGGAAGUGCGGUUUUCUGGAAAAACUGAAAUGAAAGACCUGAAGAUGAAAGCAGAUAUGGUUAAAAAGUUGAUGGAAAAGGGAUAUCGUGUGAAGUGCAGGGCAACAGGCAGUGAUACGCAGGAAACAACAGGAGCGUUAUCCCGUCUAAAUGCUCUGAUAGAAGAUGUCACUGUUGUGGAAAGUGGACCAAGUGUGGCAAAAAAAGAUGUAUUUAUGAUUGUUAGACAUGCCAAAUAUGGGCCUAAAAAAGGUGGUGGUGCUCCACGAAAAUUUCAAGAUGCUUUGGAGAUGGCUCUUAAGGCUCAGGAAGAUAAUGCGGAAUCAUUAACAACUAGUUCUAGUGAUUCUAUCGAACAUGGGAAGCACAGUUCUACUAAAUAUGGGUUUGAAGCUGCAGAGGAGGUAGGAGGAUCAGAGAAAAAUAGCAGAGACCGGAAUAAUGCUUGUCCUUCUGAUUACCAAAACAUUACCACAAGUGAUUCAGUGUCUCCGCCUGAGCCAGAAAAUAGGUAUAAGAGAGCUGACCGUAACAAGGUUCAAUCUCAUGCACAAGCACCUCCUGCUGCAACUGAGAAUAGAUACCAAAGAGCCGAGCCAAGAAACCGAUACCAACAAACAUCGUCGAAUAAUACAGGUUUCAACAAUAGAGGUCCUGGAACAAGGGAUGCAGCAAGGCCAAACAAUCAAUAUAUUCCUCCUGCAGGAUCAAGAUACUCAAGGCCUCCUAACACCAAUCAAAGACCCGGUUUUGGCUUUUCUAAUGCUCAAAGAGGCCCUGGAGAACAAGGUGGACAAGCAGGGAUGCGUAGAAACAUAGAAGGGAACCCUCAGGAUUCUACUCAGAAUUCGUUCGGUCGUGACUCCUGGUAAGGUGUUGGCAUCUCAUCUUAUGCGUCAAACAGAGGAGUGUUGUAUCAAAGUUAUGGGCAAAUGUGUUCCAAACCCAAUGUCACUCACCUAUUUAGAAACAAGAAUGAAGCAAUGGGUGUCCUUCCCCAUACUCAGCUGAAUUAAGCUGAGGCUUUUACAACAUCUAGAUUAGUAAUUUUUGCUUGGAGGAGCACAUUUUUUAAUUUAUGCUUAACUAUAGAGAUGGGGUGUUACUACUACCCCAGUGGAAAUUUUGAUACAUGUAUCCUGUUUUUCACCCACUAAGAACAGGCUAUUGUUUGAUGUGGCUUUGUCAUUUUUCAUUUCAGAGCCUACCAAUAAGUUCAACUUUGAGAUACUAUAUACUAAUAAUGUCAUCUCAGUUCUUUAGUUUAA